AUGAGGACAACGAACGGCCGGAUGAGUCUCUCGCGGUCUCUAGUUGGUUGGAAACGUCUUCCAGCAUCAAGAUUUGAUAAUACAGUACUACGUGAACUUCCCAUUGAUACUGAGACAAAGAAUUUUGUCCGUAGUGCCGUUCCUAAUGCGUGUUUUUCACGUGUUAAGCCCACACCAAUUGUCAAUCCCGAGCUAGUUGUUAUUUCUCCUUCUGCGCUAUUGUUAGCAGGUAUUGAAAUCAAAUGGACUGUGGAUACGAGUCAUCAAGUACGAAAUAAGACUCAAGAGCUAGAGAAGACACGUCAAGACGAUGAUUGCGAGCCAAUUAACACGCUGGUGCCAAUUUUAGCUGGAAAUAAGCUCUUUCCAGGCUCUGAGACUGCUGCUCAGUGUUAUUGUGGCCACCAAUUUGGGUACUUUUCAGGUCAAUUGGGAGAUGGAGCUGCUCUUUAUCUUGGUGAAGUGGUGACUGGAGACGAACGAUGGGAGCUACAGCUUAAAGGUUCAGGACCUACGCCCUAUUCUAGAACAGCUGAUGGUAGAAAAGUGCUAAGAUCGACGUUGAGAGAAUUUUUAUGCAGUGAGAAUAUGUUUGCUCUUGGUGUACCUACGACUCGAGCAGGGAGUGUCGUGAUGUCGAGAGAAACACAAGUACUGCGAGACAUUUUUUACAAUGGUAACGCCAAGAUGGAGCCGACAGCGGUGGUCACGAGAAUUGCAAAGAGUUUUUUGAGAUUUGGUUCGUUUGAGAUAUUUAUGAAAAGACACAAGCCUUUUACGGGUCUUGCAGGGCCGAGUGCCGACGUUGAAAACAAGGACGAAAUGAUGCGACAGAUGCUGGAUUUUACGAUUAAACAAUAUUUCCCAGGGAUACAUGGAUUAGACAAGUAUGAAACGUUUUUUGAAGAAGUGGUGCGUCGUACGGCAAAACUGGUGGCAAAAUGGCAGACGAUUGGGUUUUGUCACGGUGUGUUGAACACAGACAAUAUGAGCAUUGUAGGUGACACGCUUGAUUACGGUCCGUUUGGCUUUAUGGAGCAUUUUGACCCCAAGCACAUAUGCAACACGUCAGAUGUUCAAGGCCGUUACCGCUAUGAGGCCCAGCCUGAAAUUUGCAAGUGGAACUGCGGUGUGCUAGCUGAUCAGCUUGAAAUGGUGGCAGAUCGUUCACGACUUGAUGCUGGCCUCGCGUUGUUUGAGAAACAUUAUGAAGAAGAGUAUCUGCUCUCGAUGCGCGAGAAACUUGGCUUACCGACUUGUGUUGGUGAGAUUGCAGAGGACAAACUGCUUGUGAAUACGCUAGUUGACGUGCUGGGCCAUACGGGUGCGGAUUUUACGGGUGUGUUUCGGAACCUAUCGAAACUUGACGCUUUUGACUCGGGUGAGUCUCGAGAUGUUGUGUUGAACGAACUUGUGGCAUUGUCUGAGACCUUGGCGCAACAGAAACGUAAAUUGGAGAAGGAAUCAGUUGGAGUCUCUGAUGCCCAAUUCGACAUGAUUAUGAUGCUGCUUCAGGACAACCCUCGACGUGCUGGUCAAUACGGUAUUACUCCUGCAUUGGUCUCUCAGAUAACAGCCAAUCGCGAAGCAAAGAAGAAACUCGAUGCAAUUACUGACGAUGAGCGCAUGGAUAGUAUCCGCGUCGCGUGGGAAGACUGGAUUGAUGUUUUCAUCGCGCGAAUCAAGGAGAAAGUAGAUGCGGCUAGUGAUGCCGAACGUCGUCGUCGGAUGCUCAAGAUCAAUCCAUUAUUUGUGCUUCGAAACCAUGUAGCUCAAAAGGCCAUUGAUUUGGCCCAUGGUGGCGACUAUGAUGGCACCCAGCAUAUUUUUGAGCUUCUGACGCACCCGUUUGAUGAACCCAGUGACGAGAGUGAUCUCGCGUAUGCUCGACCGCAAGAUCCAUCCACUGCCCCGCUUUGCGUUUCUUGUUCGUCGUAG